AUGGACUCCAAUUUCCUUAUUGAUUUUUUGAUGGGUGGUGUUUCCGCUGCAGUCUCCAAGACUGCAGCUGCCCCAAUUGAGAGAGUUAAGUUGUUGAUCCAAAACCAAGACGAAAUGAUCAAGCAAGGUCGUUUGGCUAAGAAAUACGACGGUAUUGCCGAGUGUUUCAGAAGAACUGCUGCUGAGGAGGGUGUGUCUUCUUUCUGGAGAGGUAACACCGCCAAUGUGGUGAGAUACUUCCCAACUCAAGCUUUGAACUUUGCUUUCAAGGACAAGUUCAAGGCUAUGUUCGGAUUCAAGAAGGAUGAGGGAUACUGGAAAUGGUUUGCCGGUAACUUGGCUUCCGGUGGUAUGGCUGGUGCCACCUCUUUGGCUUUCGUGUACUCUUUGGAUUACGCCAGAACCAGAUUGGCUAACGAUGCCAAGUCUUCCAAGGGUGACGGUGCCAGAGAAUUCAACGGUUUGUUGGAUGUCUACAAGAAGACCUUGGCUUCCGAUGGUAUUGCUGGUUUGUACAGAGGUUUCGGACCAUCUGUCAUCGGUAUCGUUGUGUACAGAGGUUUGUACUUUGGUUUGUACGAUUCCUUGAAGCCUGUUGUGUUGGUUGGUCCAUUGGAAGGUUCUUUCUUGGCUUCCUUCUUGUUGGGUUGGACUGUUACUACCGGUGCUUCCACUGCUUCUUACCCAUUGGACACUGUUAGAAGAAGAAUGAUGAUGACCUCUGGUCAAGCCGUCAAGUACGAUGGUGCUUUCGACUGUUUCAGAAAGGUUGUUGCUGCUGAAGGUGUCAAGUCCUUGUUCAAGGGUUGCGGUGCUAACAUCUUGAGAGGUGUUGCUGGUGCCGGUGUCAUCUCCAUGUACGACCAGUUGCAAGUCAUCUUGUUCGGUAAGAAGUUUUAG